AUGUCUCAAGCCCUUGUCGCUGCUUACAAAAGUGCAAUGAACAUGGGUGAUGCAGAGACUGGCCGAAUUAAUCCCUACCUCUGGGUUUUAGACGGUCUGGUGUCAUCCAUCACCAAGACAGCUUAUAGGAGGUCGGAGAAGUCCAGCGUCCAGCUGAAAAUGUACAUGAUGCGAUGGUUGAAGACCAACCUACAGAAACUUCGCAAAAAGUACAAAAAGUUCAAUGGCGAUCGAAAAGUGGACACAAAGACCCUCAGUCCAUCUUUGAGGAGGGAGGACACAAGCUCCAGCGAAUCUGCUGCAAAGUUGCAUUAUGCGACACCUCAGGCAGUUCCAAGCUUCAUUCCGCACAUUUUAUAUGCAGAUGAUCAGAACGCAGGCUGCCAGUCAGGUAGGUGCACCCUAACGCCCCAUAUACAUAACAGACUACUACCCCGUUAAGGGCUCACAAUGCCUUCCAAGAGAAGAUUUGAUGGAACUCGACGUAAUCAGGUCCCAUCAUCUGCAUAAUCACCGCAACCGCCGCGUAAGUUGCCUGACACGGACUUUUCAUCCACUCAUCUGCUCCUACAUAUCACAGCCCGAUAUUCGCACUGCAGUGCAAGUUGCCAUAAACGUGGAGAACAAGGUUCGUCCGGUGGUCACCAAUUUCCACCGAACCUUCACAAAUGCAUUUUGUGCAAUGCUGACGGAGGAGUUGAAAGGGUACGCAGGCCGACCGUGGUGUUACUUUGACUGUGUAGAGAGACAGCGAAGCAUUUCUAACGAGAAUCGUCUUGUUAUCCUGCAGGUUGCCUGA